AAUAUGAAUACACUUUUCGGCCUGAUUACCGAAUACUCUAAGGCAAACUACAUUCAUAAUAUAAAAUUAAUAGAGUAAAUAUAUUUUGUGAAGUACAAUAAUUAGUCAUAUAAUUGGAUCAAUUGUCAAAAUUUCAUCUGAAGACAAAUUGAAAAGUUAUGGCUCAAAUUUUCAAUCGUAUUGGUCAAUUGGGUCUUGGAUUAGCAGUGGCUGGUAGUAUUGCAAACACUGCUUUGUAUAAUGUUGAUGGUGGUCAUCGAGCUGUUAUAUUUGAUCGCUUUUCUGGAAUUAAAAAUACAGUUGUUGGAGAAGGCACACAUUUUUUAAUUCCAUGGGUACAAAAACCUAUUAUUUUUGAUGUUAGAUCUCGCCCUAGAAAUGUACCAGUUAUUACUGGAAGCAAAGAUUUACAAAAUGUAAACAUCACUCUUAGAAUAUUGUUCCGGCCUGUACCUGAACAAUUGCCCAAAAUAUAUACAAUUUUAGGUGUAGACUACGAUGAAAGAGUUUUACCUUCUAUCACAACUGAAGUUUUAAAAGCUGUAGUUGCUCAAUUUGAUGCUGGAGAAUUAAUUACACAAAGAGAAAAUGUAUCUCAUAAAGUAAGCCAAACUCUUAUUGAACGUGCUGGACAAUUCGGUGUUGUCUUAGAUGACAUUUCAAUUACACAUCUAACAUUUGGUAAGGAAUUUACACAAGCUGUUGAGUUGAAGCAAGUAGCUCAACAAGAUGCAGAGAGAGCUAAAUAUCUAGUAGAAAAGGCUGAACAACAGAAACAAGCUGCUAUUAUAUCAGCUCAAGGUGAUUCUGAAGCUGCAUCUAUGUUAGCAAAAUCAUUUGGUGAUGCUGGUGAAGGUCUUGUUGAAUUAAGAAGAAUCGAAGCUGCUGAAGACAUAGCAUACCAAUUAUCAAGAUCGAGACAAGUAGCAUACCUUCCAUCUGGACAAAACAUUCUACUAAAUUUGCCUGCACAAUAAUUUCCUCUAUUAUGUUUAGAACAAAUGAAUUAGUUUAUAUCUCCCAUAUUAUAUCUUUUUGUUUUGUUUCAUAUAUACAUGCUUUUUUUUGUUUUGUAUUUAUGUUUUUAAAGGUAUAAAAUACAUUUACUCUAAUAUAACAAGUUUUACAGAAAUGGAAGUUAAAUUAAAUUAAACAUUUAUUGGCUAGUA